AUGGGUUCUCAUCAAACAGAUGGCGAACCCUCGGGAACUCGCCACUCAGACGAGUACUCGCCUGCCAGCACCAGCCAUGGUCGCUUCCGGUUCAAAACAAGCUCAGCGCGAAGCUCCAAACGUCGCGAUCAUCAUGAAGAGGAUCCUCUCCGCACUUUGAAAAGUGAUCGAAAACGCCCACGCACAAGUGAUUCCCGAAGUUCGCAACACACUGCAAAUUCAAACACCACGGGCUCGUCCCAUCCCGACGAGACGUCUCCAGUGGAAGAGAACAGGACGCGGUCAUCUCAUCGCCGACAUAGACACAAACGUCACCGUUCCCGCUCCCGCGAACACAAACGCCGUGAUUCAAGUAAGAACAAGAACAAGGACGACAUUUCCUCGGCACAUCCCCCUCUAUCCCCAAACGCUGCCUUUCGCGAAUCCCUCUUCGACGCACUGGGCGACGACGAAGGUGCCGCAUACUGGGAAACCGUCUACGGCCAACCGAUUCACAACUUCGCCGUGCCUGAAGUUCCCCGAGGUCCCGACGGAGAAUUGGAACAAAUGACGGACGAAGAGUACGCGACGUACGUGCGGUCACGGAUGUGGGAACGUACGCGGGAAGGAAUGCUCGAAGAGCAGGACCGUCUUCGAGAAGAGCGUUGCAAGGCGAGGCAGAGGGCUCGGAAUAGCGGUGGGAGCGAGGAGAGAAGACGGGAACAGGCGGAGUUUGAGAGAGCGAUGGAGGAGUCUCUUCGGCGCGGCGCGGAGAGGAAGAUGAGAAAGAAGAAUUGGGAGGGGGUUUGGGGACAGUAUCUUGGUCGAUGGGAGGAUAUUGCACGGGUUGUGGAGAAGGCUGCAUCGACGAGAUCAACCUCACCAUCGAAAGAGGCGGAACCAUCCGCCAAAGUCGGUCACGAAACGCCUCGACUGCGAAACUUGCUCUUUUGGCCCGUUGAAAGUGGGAAACGGCGCGAUGUCAAUGCGGACUCGGUGCGAGACUUUCUUCGCCACUCGACUACAGGGGAUCUCAUGUCCACAUUGAAAGCGGAGCGAGUACGCUGGCAUCCGGAUAAGAUUCAGCAUCGGUAUAGCGUGCUGGGCAUUGAGGAGGAAGUGAUGAAGAGUGUCACGGAGGUUUUUCAAAUCAUUGAUCGAAUGUGGAGUGAGGAGAGGCAGCGAGGAUGA